CCUUGGGGCGGGGGAGAGGGCGCGUGCGCGCCGCUGGUGCCUCGCCGCGCUGGCGAGGCCGCGCUCGCAGGCCGCCUCUGUGCCGUCUGGGCCGCCGUCCGGCGGCAGGCAGCCGCGCGCCUCCGCUUCCUGCGGCCCCUUAACCCUCGCCCCUCGCGCCUUCUCCCUGCCUCCGAGCCGCGUCUGGCGUGCGCGGGGGAGCGGGGCCGGGGAGGCCGUUCCUCCCUCCGCUCCGGGAAGUCGAGCCGGAGGAGGGAGGGCACGCUCGGGCCGGAGGGGCCCCCGGGACCCGAGCGCCGGCCGCAUGGCCGACCCCCGCCCGGACCCCGAGUCCGAGCCCGAAGCGGUGUUCCCGCGCGAGAUCGGGCUCUUCGCCGACUCCUACUCGGAGCGGAGCCGGUUCCGCUUCUGUGGGCACGUGCUGAGCAUCACGGAGAACUUCGGGGCGCGCCUCGGGGUGGCGGCGCGCGUGUGGGACGCGGCUCUGAGCCUGUGCGGCUAUUUCGAGAGUCAUCAGGUGGAUUUCCGAGGCAAGAAAGUGAUCGAGCUGGGCGCGGGGACGGGCAUCGUGGGCAUCUUGGCCGCGCUGCAGGGGGGGGAUGUUACCAUCACUGACCUGCCCCUGGUCCUAGAACAGAUCCAGGGCAACGUCCAGGCCAAUGUGCCGGCUGGAGCCCGGGCCCAGGUCCGUGCCUUGUCCUGGGGGAUUGACCAGCAUGUCUUCCCUGGAGAUUAUGACCUGGUGCUGGGGGCUGAUAUCGUGUAUCUGGAGCCCACCUUCCCACUGCUGCUGGGGACCCUCCGACACCUGUGCGGGCCCCAUGGCACCAUCUAUCUGGCUUCCAAGAUGAGAGAGGAGCACGGGACAGAGAGCUUCUUUCAGCACCUCCUGCCCCAGCAUUUCCAACUGGAGCUGGCCCAGCGGGAUGAGGAUGAGAAUGUCAACAUCUAUAGGGCCAGGCACAGGGGACCAAGACCUGCUUGAUGUCACUCUUCUGCUCCUUUGAACCCCUUGUUCUCAUGAAGGAACUGCCAUAUCUUCAGAGCCAUAAACAUAAGGACCAAAGACGAUGGAUUUCGGUUGCCUCUGGCUUUCCUCCUUCUCUCUUUGUUUCCUGAGAUACUCUUGGGCAGGUGCAGGGAGGUGCUGCUUGUUAGGGAUACUAGAGCCGAAGCUGUACUGGGCUAGAGUACAAAGGAAAUUCCCAGUUCCUGUUCUCAGCAGGGGAAGAUGGGAGGGUAUCCAGGACUUCAGGGGAAGGGGAGGUAAGUGGGAUGUGCGGCUGCAGAGAGACAGUCAUGGUCCCGUCUGGUCCUGCUGUUGUCUUUUUAUACAGAAUGGAUGAUUUUUUUUCCAGAUUCUACUGGAAUUUUUUAAAAGAGGAAGUAAAUAAGCAUUAAAGAUCCCUUCUGCAUCCAAAGAAUUCAGGCUUUUGCUGGGGGGCUGCGAAGCAGGAAACCUCAGGCCACCCAGUUCUUGUUCUAGAGAUAGUCUGGUGGAACCACGGCUCUAACUGGGUCAAGUCCUCCCAGCCCUGAAGGUGGGGAUAUGCAGCAAGCUGUCCUUUGGACCAUAGCUCCUUCACUUCUUUUGGAGUGGAGCCCUAACCACUAAGUACCAGGUUCUCUUUGAGUUUUCGUUAGGUUUCCAAGUCCUGUCAGUCCUUCCUUCCUAAUGUGUUUUGCCUUCACCUCUUUUUUCCUCCCACUGUGGGACCUCUGAUAGGGGCUCUCUUUACUUACUCCUCGGGCCACACAUCACCUCCUGUGGCCUCCUGGCCUCCUUUCACUCCCCUUCAAACCAUUCUGUCAGCUCUUGUGAUCUUCCAAAAUCAGCUCUGAUUAGCUUCUGCUGCUGCCAACAGAGGCAAGAAUAAGCUCUUCUGCUUGGUACUCGGUGUACCCCGUGUGAUCCCCAAUUACCCUUCUACUUCAUUUCCUACUGGUUUCCUACACACAUUGCAGCCUCUGGCCAAAUUACAAAAAGUCUACUCUUUGUUCCCUAAAUCCACACCAAGAUUCCCUGGCUUCUUCCUUCCAUCUUUUUGAUGAUUCCCUGCCUGAAGCGUUAUUUCUGCCUCUCAAAAUCUUCAUUACUCUCUCUCCUGAAAAAAGCUUUUCCUGAGCCUCCUGUUUGCAUAGGAUUUCCUUCUCCCUCGAGACCCUUUCCCUGUGGGUCGUGCGGGGCUUACCGUGUCU